AAUUUUUGUUGAAAGUAUUUUCCUUUUUUCUUUGUCCUUUCACAUUAGAAAUAAACACAAACCCGUCAUCCUUAGGUGUGGGUUUGUGAGAUCAUAUAGCAUCGAUCUCAGGGUUUUUUCAUAAUCUGUAAUUAUAAACAAGUCGGAACAUAAAUAUGUUUGGAUUUAGAAAAGCAGCGCCAGCCCCAAAUCCUGCUCCUUCUGGUUCAGAUCUUGAACCGGAAAAGAAGACAAACCUUACUACAGACAAAAGAACUUCUUCAGAACCUGUCAUUGCACCAAAAUCCAAAGGAAGCUAUUUUGACGAUGAGGAUGACGACGACGAUUAUUGGGGGCGAAAGCCUACCACAACCGCAUCGUCGCGCACCUCGGCUGCUGCGAAAAACAAGUAUAAAAAUGAUUUUCGCGAUUCCGGAGGUCUAGAGAAUCAAAGUGUUCAGGAAUUGGAGGGCUAUGCAGUGUACAAAGCUGAAGAGACCACACAAAGUGUUAACAAUUUGGUGAAGAUUGCUGAGGACAUAAAGGGUGAUGCCACAAGGACCCUUGAUAUGUUGCACCAACAGGGUGAGCAAAUAACGAGAACUCACAAUAUGGUUGUUGAAACUGAAAGGGACUUGAGUCGGGGUGAAAAACUCCUAAACAAUCUUGGUGGCAUGUUCUCUAAACCUUGGAGGCCAAAGAAGACAAAGGAGAUUACAGGCCCUAAAAUCUCACUAGACAAUACAAAUAAAAAGGGGGAAGCAAAUAAGGAAGAGAGGGAGAAGUUGGGGUUGGCUCCUGGGCAAAAGGGACGCUCUGGCUCUAACACACCCCAUCCUGAACCAACCAAUGCCUACCAACAAAUAGAAAAUGAAAAAGCAAAACAAGACGAAGGACUAUCAGAUCUCAGUAAUAUCUUAGACGAUUUGAAGGGCAUGGCAGUUGAUAUGGGAAGUGAACUUGACAGGCAAAAUAAAGCUCUUGAUCAUCUAAGUGAUGAUGUGGAUGAGUUGAACUCUCGAGUUAAAGGUGCAAACCAACGUGCACGCAAGUUAUUAGCAAAGUGAAAAGUGAUAGUCUCCGACUGUUGCACUGUGAAUUUAAUUAAUGAAAUUUAUUGGUCCGUCGGUCGGUCAUCAUGGUGUUUUGACUUGUUAAUAAUUACGAUAUGAUUUCAA